AUGUGUGUGAUGUCUCAUUGUCUAAUUCAUUUUAUUUUACAGAGAUCCAGACGUAAUCUCCCAUCAUACGCACCGCCAAAUACUAGCAUUGAUGAUUCAUUUGAUAUAAUUGAUAAUGAGAAACAUAGGGAUGAAACAUAUCUACCGUCUACGGACGACGAUACUGCAAAUAGUUCAAAUUUAAAUAACGACUUAACGGAUACUCUGAUGGAUGAUAUAACGAAUGAUGCUGAUGACUCGGAUUUGAACUAUAACGAAACAUGCUUGCCAGACGCUCAAAGACCAAUGACUGACAUCGAGACACCGCGGAAUACUUUGUUGUCAGAUUCAGUUGCAACUUCUAGUCCUCCUCUGCUAGAUGCUGACAGCAACGUUAUUAUCGAAGCGAACGCAAACAUUCUGGCUGAUAACAGUAAUAAUUCAGUUAUCCAAAAUUCUGAUUAUUUAAAUUUGUUGGAACAACCUCAGAACCCAAUGCAUAGUGAAAGUGGUCAAUCGUGUCUUACUAUAACUAACCAGUCCUUAUCAAACGUAUUGGAACAAUCUCCGUACCAAAUGCAUGUAACACUAAGUAAUCCUAAUGAAUGUAAUCUCACAAAAAAUCACACAAUAACAAGCCAAUCAUUAUCACAAGACCAUACCACUCAGAUACAAGACUCAGUACCUACUACGUCAGGUGGCGCUUCCAAUGAUGGCAUUCCUAAUUUUGCUAAUGACAAUAGCUCUGAGUUUGACGACUCUGACAAAGAUCCAACGUACAUUUCUGCAUUCGAGAAAUCCUCCAGUAUCACAAGUUACACUGAAGAAACGGAAGAAGUAUUGAAUAAGACACAUCAAAAUCAGCAAUUGUGUCUUAGACGUCGUAGCUUAGAGGAACCCCAGGUGAGAUCUUUUCUUUAUUACUUAAAUUCUGAAACCAUGAAGCUGCAAUAA